AUGGCGUUUCCAGGAGGUCCCGGCGCAUUGCCAUCGGCUCUGGACCCCAACGCGGGCAUGUCGGAGCAGGAAAAGCAGAUGGUGAAGGCGAUGCAAAUGGGUAUGGAGUCAUGUCUCGGCAAGACAGUAAUGGCAGGCGUCAUGGGUGGUGGUCUUGGUGCCAUGUUUGGUCUAUUCAUGGCCUCGAUGCGAUACGAUACGCCAAUGUCUCAACCGCUCAACGUCAACACACCAGCCACAGCCACCAAACCUACAACCGCAGCAUCUGGCGCUUCUGCAACAGCAGGCGUUAAGCCUUCAACUCUUGCUACCAGCAACUUAAACUCCGCCUCUGCCGCGACCCUCACCUCAAUGCCUGCAUCCACAAGCGCAACCGCUGCUAUGUCUCCAGCAGGGACAGUGCCCUUGACAGACCUUCCCCUCCGCCAACAACUACGCGCCGGUCUUCGAGACAUGUACCGAUCCUCGAUAUCCUCCGGUCGCAACUUUGCCAAAGUCGGAGCCAUCUUCUCUGGCACUGAGUGCGCCAUCGAAGGCCUACGAGCGAAGAACGACUUAUACAACGGUGUGGCGGGAGGUUGCUUGACCGGAGGCAUCUUGGCCAGGAACGCUGGGCCUCAGGCUGUGGCUGUGGGAUGUGCAGGUUUUGCCGUCUUCAGUGCCGCGAUUGAUGCGUAUAUGCGGAUGCCUGAGGAUGAGAAGAGUAGACCUAUUGCUUGAAGGAUAGGGGAAUGAGCUGUAUUUUGAACGUUAUCAGGACUUCUACACAACAGCAAGAGGACUCUAUUUUAGGGGUUGUAUGACUAUUGUAUACCACCGGCGGGUGAAUCGCAUUAUACCACUCGCAACUUCAGCAUUGGGCGGCGUUUUGGUAGAACAGCUAUUAUGUAGACAUGAUUAUCUAGAUUCUAUCAUGUCAAAAAA